AUGUUAAAACAUACGUUUUCCCAGUUAAAAGUUUUCUCAUCGUACCACAAAAGUUAUAGUGUUCUUGCGUCUAUAUUAGAAAACCCUGAUAUUGGCAAUAAAGCUGAAGUAAAGGGUUGGGUGAAGAACCUACGGGUCCAAAAACAAUUAGUAUUUGCCGAUGUUAGCGAUGGAUCGACAGCAACAAAGUUGCAAGUUUUGAUUCCUAAAGAUAUUAGUCCUGAUGACUUAACGUACGGCAGUGCUGUUCAUGUCACCGGCAAACUAAGCAAAAGCCCUCGAGGACAGCUAGAAUUAAAAGCCGACAAUGUAAAAGUAUAUGAACAAACUACAUUUCGGCGGUCCUUAGAAUUCGACAUUCACUUAUAA